UUGCCAUUUGUUUCCUUUCACGCCUUCGGAAUGACUGAGGUUGAAUUGCAAGGCUCGGAUGGAAGUGAUAUUGAAGAAGGUGAAUAUCAGGUGGAAAAGAUAAUCAAAGUUAGAAUCCGUGGUGGUCGGAAGGAAUAUCUAUUGAAAUGGAAGGGUUAUUCGGAUGAGGAUAAUACAUGGGAACCCGAAGAAAACCUUGAUUGUCCUGAUCUAGUUAAGGAAUUCGAAGAGUCUAUGCUUAAAGAAAGUUCGGGCUUGGGUCGACCUUCACCCAUUACCUCUAGGAACUCUCCACGUUCAAAAGCUGGAACUUCGCCUGAACCUUCGAGAAAGCGAGCACGUGAAUCUGAAGAAUACGCAUCUGAUCCGAAGCGGAUUGCUGACGAAAAUUCUGCUUCUAAAACUCCAACAAAAGUUGUUCGUGGAUUUGCUAGAAAUCUAAAACCUGAUCGUAUUAUUGGUGCAACAGAUUCAAGUGGUGAAUUAAUGUUUCUAAUUAAGUGGAAAGAUUCAAAUGAAGCUGAUUUGGUACCAGCAAGAGAGGCAAAUGUUAAAUGCCCUCAAACAGUUAUUCGUUUCUAUGAGGAGCGCUUGACUUGGCACUCUCCAGAAUCUCGAUAUGAGCCUGCUCAUACCACUGCGGUAACUUCAUCCACUUCAACUCCAAUUGGCGAUUCUGCUGUUGCUGAAAUUGCUGCUGAAAAGGAGACUUCGGAACCAGUACAAGCAAUCGAGCCUGUAGCGUUAGCUCAGCCGGAAGAGCAUGUGGCCGCCGAACAGUGCUAA